UCUACAACGGAAAACAAUACCGCGUGCGAAGCGAGUAGCUCUCUGCUCUCGCAGUCGCGCGCAGACGAAGCUUCCGAAUCAAACGCGUCUUCUGUUUCCCAUCCCAUGAGCAGAGUGAUCUUACUGCAACCCAUCUUUAAUUUUGGCGACAAGGAAGAGGUUUAGACUUUAGAGCAAGAUGGAGACGAGAGGGAGGACAGUUUUGUUCUUGGUGCUGGGUUUGUUGGUUUUUUCUGCAACGUUUCAAGAUUGCUCUGCAGCAUUCAAUCCGUUCAACUGGAGAAAGCAAACAAGAUCAGAUGCAGCGUCAUCCAGCACCAAGCAUGGAACCCAGAAUCGUCUCUCCUCCGUUGUGUUUCCAGUUCGUGGGAAUGUUUAUCCUGAUGGGUUGUACUAUGUUACCCUUUUCAUUGGCCAACCGCCCAAGCCUUACUUCCUUGAUAUUGAUACAGGCAGUGAUCUCACAUGGCUCCAAUGUGAUGCCCCUUGUGUCAGGUGCUCAAAGGUACCUCAUCCUCUGUACCGGCCCAAGAACAACCUAGUUUUUUGUCAGGAUCCCAUCUGUGCCUCCCUCCACCACCCUGGGAAUUACAGAUGUGAUAGACCAACUGAUCAAUGCGACUACGAUAUUGAGUAUGCUGAUAGUGGUUCAUCCCUUGGUGUCCUUUUGAAGGAUGAGUUCCCACUCCGCCUCACCAAUGGAUCUCUUAUUAAACCCCAUUUGGUUUUUGGAUGUGGAUAUGAUCAAGAGUUCUCUUCUGAAUCAGUUUCUCCUACGGAUGGAGUGCUAGGACUUGGAACUGGCAAAUCUAGCUUCAUAUCUCAGUUCCAAGAUCAAGGUCUAUCAAGAAAUGUUUUUGGUCAUUGUUUCAGUGGACGGGGUGGUGGAUUUCUAUUCUUUGGUGAUGAUCUGGUCCCAUCAUCAGGGGUAGUUUGGACACCAAUGUCAAAAGAUUACUCGAGCAAACACUACUCUCCUGGGCCUGCUGAACUAUUACUUGGAGGGCACUCUACUGGUGUUGAGGGUCUGAAGACAGUUUUUGACAGUGGGAGCUCCUACACUUACUUAAAUAACAGGGCUUACCAUGCCUUGAUUUCUUCAAUGAAGGGGGAUUUAGCUCGAAAACCAUUGAAAGAAGUGCCUGAUGAAACACUCCCAGUAUGUUGGAAAGGUCCAAAACCAUUCAAAUCUAUAAGUGAUAUUAAGAAAUACUUCAAGCCCUUGGUACUAAGAUUUUCAAAUGGCAAGAAUGCUCUAAUGGAAAUACAACCGGAAUCUUAUUUGAUCAUCAGUCCGUAUGGAAAUGCCUGCUUGGGAAUUUUGAAUGGUGCUGAAGUAGGACUCCGAGAUAGCAAUCUUAUUGGAGAUACGUUUUUGCGUGACAAAAUGCUGAUUUAUGACAAUGAGAAACAGCAGUUAGGGUGGAUGCCUACAGAUUGCAACAGAAUUCCCAACAAGGACCAUGACAGUGAAGGCUUUUCUCGGCCUUAUGGGAUCAACUUCGGUAUCUUAUCAGAUCAAUAUCCUGCAACUUAUGCUUUUCAGAGAUGAAGUUGAAUAGCAGAAAAGCUACAAUGUAUAAAAUAAAAUAUCAAACUUGUAGUUGUAUUCUCUUUUUAUGUUACAAAUACACAAGGCACUGGGCCCUCGGGGGGUGCGAAGGGAAGUUCCAGUAUAUGUAUACAUAACCAUUAACAAAUUAAUGUAGAUGUUUCAAUGUUUCAUACAGUUUACAAAAGAAAUAUGCAUUUCAGUUC